CCGGACGGAAAACGACCCCUGGCGCGUUAGGAAGAUGCCGGGACCGCCUCCGGGGUGCCCGAACCCCUUAUUUACACGGUGGCUCCAGGAGUGGCGCGACCAGGCCGCCGAGCGGGGACGACCCAGGAGCCAACGGGCUUAUGAAAGGGCACUGAGCUCACUCCGCAAAUAUCCGCUCCCGUUGCGCAGUGGGCGGGAGGCCCGGAUCCUUCAGUACUUCGGGGAGCACAUCUGCCGUCAGCUGGAUGAACAGCUGGAGAAGCAGCACAGCGCCCAGGAGGGGACAGCGUUAACAGGUCAGCAGGCUCCAGAAGGCAUAGCUGCUGGUGAUAUCCCAGGACUGGAGCCUGCUUUGUGCUCCACAGGGGCAGAUCCGUGCCAAGGGCAGCGCUUAAAGAAAAAGCAGCCCGGGUCACGCCAACGUGCCAGGGGAAACGCCCCGUCUCCACGUUCUGCAGCCUAUGCUGUGCUCAUGGCUCUGUACCAAGACAGUACGAAUCCUCACACUAGGGGUUACCUGACAAAGCCGGAGUUGCAGAGAGCAGCUCAGCCGCUGUGCGAUAAAUCUUUCUCUCUGCCUGAUCCCGGGAGUAAGAACACCGCCUGGUCUGCAGUCAGCAGUCUGAUUCGCAAGGAGCUAGUCCUCAAGACCAAUAUCCCAGCCAGGUAUUCUCUGACCGAGGCAGGGCUGGCCUUAGCCCAGGAGCUGGUCGCUUCGGAAGAGCCGAAGGAUAAGGACGCCAAUUCGCCAGCAGCGGACACCGGAGAACUCCGGGUGCUUCCGGAGGAAGGCGAUGGGGACGAGCAGUGUUCAGGCAGUGCCUCCCCCGAGUCCAGCUGUGCAGAGCCAAGGGCAGCGCUGUUUAAGGCUCAGUUUGUCUUUCGCCCGGGGCAGUUCGAUGUUAUCCUCUGCGUAGAUGUCAUUGAAACCACAGGUGGCCCCACGUCCCGGAAACAGGACUUGGUGAGCGAACUGCAACGCCACCACGUUCCCUUCAGCAUCCGGAAACUACACAUCGGGGACUUCCUCUGGGUAGCCCGGGAGAGGGUCUCUCCCUUUGCAGGAGAACGGCAGCCAACUUCAGCUCAGGAGUUGGUGCUGGACUAUGUGGUGGAACGCAAAAGGAUGCCUGAUUUGUGCAGCAGUAUUAUCGACGGACGUUUUCGCGAGCAGAAGUUCCGUCUGCGGCAGUGCGGUCUCUCCCACCCCAUCUACCUGGUGGAGGAUUUGGACUCAGCACAGCACCUCAGCUUGCCUGAAAAGACUCUGCAGCAAGCGAUGACCAACACCCAGGUGGUGGAUGGCUUCUUCGUCAAACGCACCCGUGACAUUCGGGAAUCCGCCGCCUACCUGACCCUCAUGACGCGUCACCUGGCCAAAUUGUACGGGGACAAAACGCUCUUGAGUUGUACCAAGGAGGAACUGGAGUGUGAGCGCCCCCUGCAGCCCAGCGCCGGUUCCUGCCGGCUCCUGACUUUUGCGGAGUUUAACGAGGGAUCUGUGAAGAACAAGGCCCAGACGGUGAGCGAGGUCUUUGCCCGGCAACUCAUGCAGAUCAGCGGCAUCAGCGGAGAGAAGGCAGCUGCUGUACUGGAGAGGUACAAGACACCAGCCAGCCUGCUUGCUGCUUAUGCCACUUGCCCAACUCCGCGUGGCCAGGAGCAGCUGUUGAGCAACAUCAAAUGUGGCAAACUGCAGAGGAACCUGGGUCCCGCGCUGAGCAAGACUUUGGCCCAGCUGUACUGUACACGGGGGCCGCUGCCUUGAAUCCACGGGAGGCUCUGUGUGUGUAUUACCAUCUCUCAGUGGACGAGACCGUCCCCCACACCAGAUGUGGGGCAGGCCUGCGGGUGACCACAAAUGACCUGCAUAGACAGCAGCUGGCUAAAACCCAGCCCACGGAAUGCCCACCACUGCUAGUAAAACGACGUUGGAGGGCGAAAGGCGAUGUGUGGGCCUAUUGGACCCAUGUUGUGUGAUGGAAAUUUACUAGCACCUCGUCCUCACAAGUUUAGAAGUGUGUGUGGGGAAUCGAGUGUUUAGGGAAGAGCUCAUUAUUGGAUACUCUGCAUUGCCUUGGAAGUCGGUGCUUGGGCAGGGCCUAUUUUCAUACCUGUUUCCUCCUUUUCCCAUUUAAGCUCUUAAUAUUCUAAUAAAAUUGUUACGAAUUGUUUUGCAAAA